UUUAAAAAUAUAGGGUUAACUUUUAAUUUUAAAACAUUGAUUAUAUAUAAAUGACCAUAGCUUUCUAAGAUGAAAUGUGUAACUCAACCUGAAUUUAAUAAAAAUAAAAUAAAAAUAAAAAUAAAAUAAAAAAAAAUAAAAAUAAAAAGCUGCUGAACCAACACCUUUGUGGUGAAGUGAAGGUAGAGUCACUAAAGAGCAUACCUGAAUUUAUAUUUGAUAAAAUGUAUUUUGUUAAAAGGAGUUGUUGCUUCAAUGAAUUGUUGAACUGAACUUGAGUAUACUUUGACAGAUGAAUAUUCUGCAAUGAUCUUGUACUUCUUUCAGUAGCAUGUAUAGUUCAUUUAAUGUUUUGAAAUAAGUUAGGAUUAGUUUAUUUCAUACAUUCACCUAUCAUUGUCCUCUUUCAGUCUGUUUUCAUAUUUUUUUGGUCAGUUGUCCUUUAGCCAGAUUUGACCGAAUUAUAUUGUGGGUUCGAUACUGACCAGGUAGCAAAAAUAUGAACAGUAAGGAUAUACAUAAAAGGCCAUCAGAAAAACUCAGUAGUGUUACUAAUCCAAUAAGCUUAAUUUUAAUGAGCUAUUCAGAGAUAAUCCCCAUAGUAAAACAUGGCAGUCUGAAUCUCUUGCAACUCUACCAAGCACUACCUGUUACAAUUACCACUCUUGGAAAAAAAAUGCUAUUUCAUUCAAUACAAUACGUAGGACAUUUAAAUGAUCAUGUGAUAUCAACUUUACGGGUAGCGAUUUUCAGCAAGAUUAUACUACUAGUGAGUGUCAAGACUUUUUCCGAAUUAACUAAAAAUGGUUUUAAUCUAUAAUAAGAGUUGUUAUAUUUGUGAUAACAUGGAUAUUCAGGUGCAAAGAGAAAUUUUAUAUUUCUCUGGAAAACAGAAAUGGAUUUUAUUCACUUAAAAGGUUCUGUCAAUUCUAUUACAAGACAUUUUCUAAAUAUAAAUAUUCUGAUAUUAGUAUGUUGGAUCCAGUAUAGUGUUGACAACAAAUACAUCCAAAAUGUCUGCCGAGGAAGUUUAUGAAUCGAAGAUGAAAACAGACAGUUCUUCCUGUUAUAGGAUACAACCACUGACAACAGAAAAACCUGCUGAUGGUAGCAUGAACUUUACCAUAAUGAAACAUCCAAAAGAAGCAUUGGAUGUUAUGAGUACUUUAAGACUAUUAACUAAAUUAUGUGAUGUGACAUUAGUUGUCGGUGAAGACAAAUAUUUAGCUCAUAAAAUUGUGUUGGCUGCAGCUAGUCCCUAUUUCCGUGCAAUGUUUACGGGUGGUAUGAAGGAGGAAGGCAUGACCACGAUUCCCCUUCAUGGAAUAACAGCAUGUACACUUGCGGUGUUAAUAGAGUUUGCAUACACUGCAGAAGUUCGUGUAAAUGAAAGGAAUGUGUGCUACUUAUUACCAGCUGCUACAAUGUUUCAAAUGAACCAUGUUGUGGAAGCAUGUAGUGUUUUUUUAGAACAUCAGUUAGACCCAAGUAACUGUAUUGGAAUAGCAGAUUUUGCCAGUGAACAUGGGUGCCAUGAACUAGAAACAAAAGCUCGGGAAUUUAUUUUCAAAAAUUUUUCAGAAGUUGUGCGGUGUGAUGAGUUUUUGACGUUAAAUCCUUGCCAGUUAAUAAGUUUCAUAAAACAUGAUGAAUUAAAUAUUCGUUGUGAAUCUGAAGUGUUUGAUGCUGUGAUAAGAUGGGUACAACAUGACUUAGAGAAGCGUGCGUGUAAACUAGAGGGAUUACUUUAUGCCGUUCGUUGUCAUUUUUUAGCCCCUCAUUUCUUAGAAAAACAAUUAAACAGUUGUAAAGUUUUAAAGAAUAUGCCUCAAUGUCAGGAAUACUUGACUAAAAUUUUUCAAGGACUAAAAUUACAUCAGUCAAUACCUGAAAAACCAAGAAAACCGUGUUCACCUCUAGUUAUAUACACUGCUGGUGGUUACCUUAGACAGUCCCUUAGUAAUUUUGAAUAUUAUAACACAUGUACAAAACAGUGGAAUCGCUUGCCAGAUUUACCAAAACCGAGAAGUGGUUUAAGUGCAUGUAUUGUAAAAGGUGCUUUUUAUGUGGUAGGAGGUAGAAACAAUUCUCCUGAUGGCAAUAUGGACUGUAAUUCUUUAGAAAUGUAUGAUACUUUAAGGAAACAAUGGGUGACAAAGUGUCCUAUGUCAGUGCCCAGAAAUCGUGUAGGAGUGGGAGUUAUAGAUAAUAUGAUUUAUGCAGUUGGUGGCUCACAAGGCCAGCAACAUCAUUGUACUGUAGAAAGGUAUGAUCCUGACUGUGAUAUUUGGACUAAUGUUUCUCCUAUGAAAACUAAAAGAAUUGGUGUUGGUGUUGCAUCUUUAAACCGUUUAUUAUAUGCUGUCGGUGGCUACGAUGGUUCUAAUAGAUUACGGAGUGCUGAAUGUUACGAUCCAGAAGUUAACGAAUGGUCUCCUAUACCUCCUAUGAAUACAACAAGAAGUGGUGCAGGGGUUGUUGGAAUGGACAAUUAUAUUUAUGCAGUUGGUGGUUAUGACAGCAGUUGUCAAUUAAAAUCAGUAGAACGAUAUAAUACUUGUACAAAAACUUGGGAAUUUGUAGCCCCUAUGAGGAGCCCCAGAAGUGCUUUAAGUGUUUGUGUAUUAAGUGGGAAGCUUUAUGUUUUAGGAGGUUAUGAUGGUAAUGACUUUUUAUCAACCGUAGAAUGUUUUGAUCCAGAUAAAAAUGAAUGGACAGAAGUGACCAAUAUGACAUGUGGUCGUAGUGGACACGGUGUUACAGUUGGUGCUGAACCAUACCGUAGCUGAUAAUAGCUUAAUGGUUGGUACCAAACCAUAGUCAUAUUAAUCCGGUUCUAAUUGUCAACAUUAUUUAUAGUUGUCAUUAAGCAAGGUGCCGAACCAUGAUUGCCGAGAAUAGCUUUAGAUUUAUGUGUAUACUUGUGGACUGGCUGAAUAUUGGUGCAUAAUAAAUUAUGUGUAUUCUAGAGGUGGAUUUACUGUGUUGACAUUUGACCUCUGUCUAUCUGUGAUAAGCCUAUGAAGCUCAAGUUUUGACCAGUAUAUAGAUUUUGUUGUAUAUCAUUGUUCUGUGUGUUUAUAGCCAUCAGCAGUUCUGUAAAAAGAAAUACCAUUCAUUAAUACAGAACAUGCGAGACUGCAAAACAAAUAGUAUCUUUUUGUUCAUGCAUAACAUUUGAUGAAAUGACAACCAAUUGCAUUAUGGGAUACAUUUUCCAUCUUCUAAAAAAUCUGAUCACUAAAGUCAUAUGUAAGCGAUAUUAUUGUAAAAGGACAUUACAUCCAAGGUAAUGAAGGUAUACUUACACAUUUUUGAGAAUAUGACUCCAGUAAACUGAGCAAUGCAUAUAAAUGUGUAGUACAUACCAUGAUCCAAUUAUUAACCUUAUAAAUUCCAGACUUGCAUUCCUUUGUAGCUUUUUAGAAACAGUAGUUUUCACAUUUUUUAGUACUGUUUUCAAAUACUUGUUGACAGUACAAAACUAGCAAUACUUUUUUUUUGCUUGGUUAUCGUGAAAGGUUUUUCAAUAGCACUGAAGGUCAUUAGAAUAAAUGUUCUGUUUUCAAGGUCUUAUCUGGGAGAAUGCUACACUCCCUGCAUGAAAAAAAAUCCCUUGCAAUAACUCUAGAAUCUGUAGAGGAUCUUAUGCAAAGAAAAUUGUCUAUCAGGUACAUGUAACAUGCCCACCAGUGGCUGUCAAAUUAAUUACUGUUUAUUCAAGAAAAUCAUUUUACAGAAUCUGUCUCAUUGAUUUUCUAUUAAAUUUGUCCUUAUUCUGAAUAUGCUUGAAAUAUUUGCCACUGGAUGAUAAGCAAGUAACAAUGAUUAUUGGCAAUUUUUAGAAUUUUUUAAUUUAGUUUAAUUCAGAAAGAUCUUAACAAAAAGACUAUCAUCUGUCCAUAAUUCAGUUUUACUGGUUAUAGAUUUGGAGCAUUUUUAAGACAAACUAACAUUAAAAGAGAAAAUUAUAAUCUCUUUUUUAUUUUAAAGUAGAAUUGCUGGUAAAACUUAAAAAAAAAAGGGAAAUUUAGGAUAAUCAGUUUUAAAUGUUAAGGGAGAAUGGCUGGAAAACAGAACAGUUAUUUUGAUUGACCUGAUUUAUUUCUUUUUUUUUUACAUAAUUUUUACUUUGCCAUAUUUGAUUGAAAUUCUUUUUAUUUACUACUGUUUGUCUCAACAUCUCUAGAAAUUAUUUUGAUUAGAAUUCCUGUACCAACAACAAGGGUAAAAAAUAAUGCCAUCUUUUUUAUUUUAAUCAUUUAGGAAAUAUUCCAAUUUGAAAGCAGAAAGCUGUCUACAGUUGUAUUAGAAAAAAAAUAUGAUUUUAUUCCUACUAAGUGAAAAGUUAUUUUUAUGAAAGAAAGAAAAUUACAACAUAUUUUGAUCAAGACAAUACUUUUCUGAAAGAAGUGAGACAAACACUGUAGUGUUAUGUAUUUCAAUUUAUUUGCCAAACUUCAGAUAGCUUUUUUUCACAUCUUUUGCAAUUUUCGUUUUUUCAUUUUGUUGUAAGCCAAAGAUGUUUAACUGAAGAGCUUUAUCUGUAUCAAUUACUUUAUAUUAAGUUCAAGAUUUCUCUGAGAGAAAGGGAAGUAACUGUUUUUGGAAAGAGUAAGAUAAUUUUUGAAACGGAUAACAUGGACACUUUGUGCUCAUUGUAGCUUCAUUUUGCAUUUGUUUAGUAAUGUUGUGAACCAUAAAUAAUAUGAUUGAAAAGGGCUUUCAAAAUAAUGUAAAUAAUCAAAUUACAUAUGUGUCGUUACAAUCAUGAAUGUGUAAAUGUUUUGUUAUAAUGUUGUAAAAGACUAUAAUCAAAGGGAAACUAAAAGUUUUCUCCUAACCAAAGGUGCUAUAGUUACAGUAAUUUGUGUUAUGUUUCUGUUUAUUUAUUAUUCUUUCUUAUUUUUAUACUUUUUUUUUUGUUACACCCAUAAUGAUUUGCAGUAUACUUCAAUACAAGCUGUUGUAAGAUCCAGUCCAAAAACAAAUUCAUGUGGAUUUUUUCAUUUUUUUAUCACAUGUCACAGACUUGUUUUAAAAUCUAGGAUGUAUAAUUCUACUUUUUUGUAAAACUUGUUUGAAGUAAGUACAAAUAUUUUAUUUCAGAUAUUUUUGAAGUUUCAAUUUGAUUUCUAAAUAAUAAGUGACAUUCAUUGUUAUAAGGAUUGACAAUUAUUGAGAUUAAAAUUUGCAUUAAAAAUAAUUAUUUCAAUUCUUGAAAAACAUAAUUAUCCAUAAAUUGGGAAAAUUUGAUGUCAGUGACGUGUUAUCUAAAAAUAGAUAUAUUUCAGAUGCAAUUUCCCCAUUUUUAAAAAAAAAAACCUACUAUAUCCCAUUAUUGUAAGUUAAUGCAUUAAAUAACACAUUAAAGUGUUUCCCCCCAAAAAACCUAUUUGAACCUUUACAAAUACAUGUAGCUGUUUGGUUGAAACUUUAUUUACUCAUAGAAAUAUAUUCUGCAUUAAGAGAAUAUAAAUUGCGUGUCUCUAAAUUAUGGUCAGAACAACUCAAAUUAUUGUUAUUUAACCUCUGUAUCAGUAUUUUAGCAUUUAAUGCUGUUAUCUUUUGUUUUGCCAAAUUAAGAAAUUUGCAAUUCAUGACAUGAAAGAAACUUGCACUCUUCAUCAAAGAAAAGUCAAGUGUUCAUUUAAUUUCAUAAAAAAUAAAGUAUUGUUGAAUCUU